UAUUAAUAUAGAAGACUAUCUUUAUGCAGCUACGAGAAAUAGACCUAGAAAUAGGGAAGAGCCAAGCUACCGUCAAAGGGGUUAUUGAAGCCCCGAUUACACAUACGACUAGCUUAAAGGCUUAUGCCCGCUAAAGAGUCUAUUAAGGAACAGCAUCUCUGGCGAUCUUUGGGAGGCCCCAAACACCCCGCACACGUCAUCGUCCAAUAGACCUGUUAGCGCUCAGCUGGGUUUGCUAGAGCUGUGACGCAGCUGUCUCGGCUCUGAGACUAGAUAAACGUUUUUGUCUCUCAUGUCUACAUAAGAUUCCAAUUCCACGUUUCUUACAACUUAACUAUUCUUCAGAAACACAUUCUUGCUUUUCUAAUUAUACCUGUCUUCGACGACGUAAUCAUUGCAUUCCCCAUCCACCAACCCUCCACAAUGAGCUACGAGAGACAGCAAGACUUCGGAGGCAAUGUCCCCCACGGAGGCGCCUACCCCGCAGGCGGCGGAUACCCACGCGACGACGAUGACGAUCUCCGCGGGGCUUCUGAGCACGCGAGCCGACACGCCGGGUCGUCUGGUUCCAGCGACCUAUUCUCUAGCCUCCUAGGCACCCUAACGCAGAAGAAGCACUCGCUCGCCUCAGAAGAAGUAGACGAGGAUGAUGCAGUAAAGCAGCACAAGAGAUUUUUCGACCGCGACGAUGACGACGGGGACGAGGCCGAUGAUAGAUCUAUGGGAUCUGCGGCCGCUAUGCAGGCGUUGAAGAUGUUUAGCGGUGGACAGAGCGGUAAUUCACACGAGAACAACAGCCAGAGCGCGUUCGUAGGACUUGCCAUGGCUGAGGCCAGCAAGCUCUUCGACCAGAAGGCGUCCCAAGGCAAGGUCUCCAGCGACAGCAGCAAGGAAUCCGCCGUCAUGAAGGCCGGUGAGAUGGCACUCAAGAUGUACCUGAAGAGCAACGGUGGCGGCGCCUCCUCCAGCUCAGGAAGCUCCGGCCUUCUCGGCCUAGCGUCCAAGUUCCUCUAACUGAAUCGCCCCAGCUCCUAACUUUGCCAAAAAGUGAUUGUGUCAGACGAACGACGGUCUGGGUGAAAUUUCACAGAAGCAUGCAUACCGCCAUGGAAUAUGAAGUUAUGAGAAAAAUAGCAUAGUUAUACUAGCCAAACCUAGCCAGCUAUCUAGGGCUCUGAGAAUCUCACAAAAAAGUCUUAACGAAA